AUGCAGACUCUAAGGGAGGGUUGCCAACGACAUUUGGGCAAGCUACCUUUGUCUGACUUGUGUGGUCGUAUAAUAUUACAUCCACCCACCCCGUGGUACCGCUUAAGUCGACCGGAAUUCAGGUUUGUUGAACUGUUUUUAUCAACGUCAACACAGCCCGUCGAAAGAGGCUGCUUGAGAAGGCAGUGCUGGUGGGUUGAGGAUGGACGGGCAGUCAGGCAUAAAUGUGGGCUACUCUGGCUUUCCCUAUCCGCUUGCGUCUUUGUUUCGAUUUGCCUUCUCUUCCGGAUCAUUGAGUGCGCUCCGGCAGUUGAUGACAAAGAGACCCGCCCUCGUCUGGAGGUAACAAGACUCAGGCAAAGUGGCUCAUUUCCCGUAGACUCUCUCCAGUCGGAGUGA